AUGUCCUUAAUGGAACAACACUCGCGAGAUUGUAAUUUGGAAAUUCAGUGUGUUCCUGAACAUAAAUCAGAAAACCUCUCGUCGAUUGUACACCAGUUAGCCAGUGUAGUGUCAUUUGAUCUACACGAUAAUGAUAUAGUUAACUUUCACCGAGUAGCUAAGAGGAACACAGAAUCUAAACGACCCCGUAGCAUUAUAGUUAAACUAUCAACUCCACGUAAGCGCGAUAACUUCUUAGCAGCUGUUAAAGUGUUUAAUAAAAAUAAUCCUCAAUCUAAGCUUAACUCAUCACAUUUGGGUAUUGCCAGCGGCAAGGAACAAAUUUAUAUUAUGGAACAUUUAUCGCCGGAUAAUAAGCGCCUACAUGCUGCUGCCCGUCUUGCAAUUAAGGAAAAGAAGUAUGAAUACGUAUGGAUUAGAAGUGGUCGAAUAUUUGUACGAAGAAAUGACACUUCUCCAGCUGUGUUGAUAAAGAAUUUUGAUAGUUUAAAGCAGUUGUAG